UUGUUUGAUGUCGCAAAGGGAAAUAUAUAAACACUAUAGAUGGUUCAAUGUUCGUUUCAAGCUAGCGUGAGGUUUGAGACGUCAAUGGCUUGCGUUCGUUGUGCAUGUUGCUUGUAACGAUUGGCGAGGUAACAAAGUAGCUUUGGUGGUUCGCAGAUUUGCUCAAAUUUGACAGUAAUCCUGGACACGAUGGCUGGUACACGGGACGAGAUUUUGGCUGACUUUCAGGCUUGUACUGGGAUUGAUGAUGUUGGAGAUGCCAUUAAAUUUUUAGAGGAAUCCAAUUGGGAUCUAUUGUCAGCAGUAAAUCAGGCCAUGCCUAGAGUUACACAACAAUUACCCUCAGAAAUGAGUCCUGAAAUAGAAAUGAUUGAAGAAAUUGAAAGGAUGCCACAUUCAUCUUCAUCGUUGUCACAAAAUGUUAAUGAUUCAAGUAAUUGUUUGAAAAUGGAUGUUGUAGAAAAUUCAAAGCCUGGAACAAGUAAAUCUAAAAAUUGUACCAGAGAAAGAACACUCACAUUCCGUGUUAACUACCUUAGUAAUGUUUAUAAAAUAAAUCUACCUGAGUCCUCAUGUGUGAGAGAUCUCAAACAGCUUAUAUGGGAACAAACAAAUGUCCCACAUUGUCAGCAACGUCUUCACGGAUGGAAAUCAAUUCCAGAAUCACCUUCUACAUCAUUACAAUCAUUAGAUUUGCCAAAAGAGAAUACUUUGUACAUGACUUGUUUAUCAGAAGAUGUUGAUCUAACAACUGAUAAUGGACGUUUAUCAGAGCGUAUGACUCAAACAUAUACCUUAAACAUCAAAGAUGAAGCGGGCAAGAAAACAUAUAAUUUAAAGUUUCUUGGUUCGAACACAGUUUUGGAUGUAAAGUUAGGUAUUCACGCGUUAAUAGAUGUUCCUGUUCGAAAUCAGCAGUGGAAAGGCUGGCCAAGUUCAGUAAAAAAUGAUAGCAUGACGCUAGCACAAGCUGGAAUUUCUUACCCUGAACAUGAUCUUUCCGUUGCUGAGUUACCUUCCAAAGCGGAAAAGAAGGACGUUAUAGACCUGGUUGGAAGUGAUAGUUCUGUAGAUGAAGCGUAUGACGUGGAGGAUCCCGAAUCAUUCAACGUUGAUGAUGAUAUUUUCUUAGAAAUUAAAUCUACUAAAAUUCAGCGUCUCAUGCCUGAAAACGUAACGGAUGAAACGGUGGGCACAAUGCAGUUUGCAGAGGAAUUUGAAAAACGAUACGGACAGGCACAUCCAGAAUUUUUUACUGGCAGAUUUAAAGAUGCUGUUAAAGAAUCGUGUUUAAAACCUGCAAAAGAGAGAAAAUUGUUGGCUGUGUAUUUACAUCAUGAUAAUAGCGUUCUAGCGAAUGUAUUUUGCACACAGUUAUUAGGCUUUGAAACAGUACUCCAAGUGUUAUCAGCAAAUUUCAUUGUAUGGGGUUGGGAUAUUACUUACGAGUCUAAUAAGCAGAGGUUUCUUUUAUCUGUAAAACAGACACUAGGAUCGGUCGCAGCGUUAGCUAUGAAGAAUAUAGACGUUGAUACAUUGCCUGUUCUUGUAAUUAUAAUGAGAAUUAGAUCCAAUACAGAAAUAUUUACAACAGUCCACGGCAAUGUGGGAGUCAGUGAACUACUGACUAACUUAAUUCACGCGGUAGAUGUAUUUCAGGAGCAUAGACGUGCUGAUAUUGGAGUGGAAGAAGAGAGGCAAGCUAGAGAAAGAGUAAAGCAGGAGCAAGAUAGAGCGUAUCAAGAAAGUCUAGCCGCGGACAGAGCGAAAGAAAAAGCGAAAGAACAAAAGAAAAUGGAAGAGGAAUUGGAAAAGAGAAAAAAAGAGGAAGCAGACAAUGAAAAGAUGGUUGAAAUAGCAAGGAAAGAAGCUCAUAGACAAGCUGUAGAAUCGAGUUUACCUCCUGAACCGCAACAGGGAGCUGGUGAUGGUGUGCUGAAGGUUAGAGUACGGCUACCGGCUGGGAAAUUCUUGGAGCGCAAAUUUCAGUCGGAUACACCGUUGCAAACGCUUCUCAAUUUCCUCAUAGUGGAAGGUUAUCCUACAGAAGAAUACAAGGUCCUAUGUAGUUGGCCUCGAAGGGAUUUAACAUCCAUGGACUCAAAACUCACUCUCAUGGAUCUAAAAUUCUGUCCUCAAGAAACGGUAAUUUUAGAAGAACGAUAA